AUGGAACAUACAGACUGGGUCGAGUAUUGUGCUGAUAGCUUAGGGCAAAGGGCGGAGUAUCCUACUGACCAGUCUCUAAAAGCACUAAUUAAGGUCCAGUCGCUUGCUCAGCAAUCGGAGCUAGAGCUCGAAGACCCUAUCCGUGCAAUGAGCAAGGACGAACUGUUCCAGUCUAUAGAUGUACUUGAGAAUCAAAUCGAGCAUCUUCUUGUACAGGAAACACAGUGUAAUACCUGGUCCCUGCGUUUGGAGCUCAACGCAAUUCCUGCCAUUGUUCUCGGGCAUGCUCUUCGGCGACAAAGAGAUGUCCAUCGCCAGUAUGAGAAACAGAAACUGCUCACCAUUGCGCGUUCCGCGUUCAACAUUGUGACGGUAUUCCUUGCAUCGCCGGCUUCGGUCACACCUAAUCUCCCUAUGUUCAGUUACACAUCCAUCUGGUACGGCCUUCUUGUUUUAUCGAAGCUGAGCUUGCUUUCGGAUGCCGCGACAAAAGGCAAGGCAGUCGAAGUCUAUAACAAAGAUAUCCACAACCUCGGCCUUGCUGCUAUGCAUAAAAUGGAGGCAAUGUCACGAUGA